AUGGAGGGCGAGGGUUGGAGUCGACAGUGGGAAAUAAUAAUAUUAUCAGCGAAAAAAAGGGACGAGCCACCCGAUAUUACGUCGUCCUCGCUCUUCUUCCCGCGUCGACGUCGAGGACAGCCCAGCAGACAGCGAACAGCGACAGGCAACGCAGCGACGGCUCAGCAGGAGAUCUCGUCUGCUCUCCUUGUCUCUGUUAUAUCAGGACUCCAGACGACGUCAACAAACCAGCAGCCAGCCAGCCAGCAGCAGGAGGAGGAAAAGGAGGAAGAGGAGGAGGACAGCGAGACUGACAGGACAGAAGAAGAAAUGCGACGAUGGCCUCGAUAA